CUUAUCCUCCCUCUAGUCUCUGUCCUGUGCCUGUUUCCUCAGGCUGCGCUGGCUCUGUGGGCGUGCGCACGCUCCUGCCCAGCCUCUUGCACGUGCACGCUGGAGAAGAGCUGCAGUGUGUUGUGUGACCGCUCUGGCCUACCCGACCUGCCCCGGGAGUUCCCUUGUGAAGCGUCCUCCAUCAACCUGGACAAGAACAGCCUUAAGUUCCUGUCUGAGAGGGCCUUUGGUACCCUGCCGUCCCUCAGGUCCCUGUCCCUGGACCACAACAACAUCUCCUUCAUCACCCCUGGGGCCUUCAAGGGUCUGCCCAACCUAGUGGAACUGAAGAUGGCCCACAACGAGUACAUCCGUUACCUCCACACCCGCACCUUCACCGGGCUCAAACGCCUGGUCCGACUGGACGUAGCCGACUGUAACCUCUUCAACAUGCCCGACCGGAUCUUUCUAGAAAACUAUGCUCUGAAGGAACUGUUCUGCUUCCAGAACAACUUCCGAAGGAUUCCCGGAGCGUUCCGCGGGAUGGAGAACCUGACCCACGUCUACCUGGAGCGGAACAAGAUCGAGGCAGUGGCAUAUAACUCUCUCCUAGGCCUGGGGAACCUCAGGUACCUGAACCUUCAGGAGAACCGCAUCAACGUGAUCCACGACCAGUCCUUUCAGGACCUCAUGCGCCUGGAGAACUUCUACCUCAACGACAACCUGCUGUCUGAGCUGCCUCGGGUGGCCUUCAAGGGCCUUAGCCGCCUCAAGAUGCUCAACCUGGGGGGCAACCAGUUCACCAACAUCUCCAAGACCUGGUUCAGCGACCUGGUGGAGCUGGAGGUCCUCUACCUGGACCGCAACCGCCUGGUCUAUAUCGAGGAGGGCUCCUUUGAGAACCUGACCAGUCUGAUCACCCUCCACCUCAACAGCAACAACCUUAGUUCCCUGCCCUUCCCUGUCUUCCAGCCUGUCUACUUCAUCGGACGCCUCUACCUCUUCAGGAACCCCUGGGAAUGUGACUGCUCUCUGGAGUAUCUUAAGGAGUGGAUGGAGAGUUAUAAGUUGGUCCGGGACAUCCCCUGCGCCUCCCCGUCCUCCGUGGUCGGCCUGGAUCUGAGCGAGGUAGUCUUCGCCAGGGUGAAUGGGUCGUGCCUGGAUCCGGGGGAACUGAACCUGACCACAAUGUCUUCGGAGAUCCUCUCGACCACGGAGAACCGUUUCAACAGCCUGAUCUCCAAGCUGCUCCAGCAGGAGCUCAGGGAAGAGGUGGGGAAUGGGACAGAGAGCCUGAGGAACGGUACUCUGCUGGACCCCGCAGAGGGACUCAGCGCUGGGAUCAAAGGGGCAGACGUCAGCCAAUCACUGGUCUCAUUGUUGGUGAUGUGGUGUGUCUUCUGGAUGACAAUUGGCCAAUCUGAUGUGGAUUUCCUGUUUGCGCAUGUGACUGGGAACUGA